AUGGCGCAGCCUCGUGCGUUGACUCGAAGUGGUUCCUGGACCCCUGACAAGGCUUUCGAGAUGCUAAAGCCACUGUUUGGAAACACCGCAUCGGCAUCGCCAGACAAGGCGGCAUAUUCGCGUGGUAAGACAGAACCGAAGGAUGUGGACAAUGCUAGGUUCCUGGUUCAGUUUAAUUGGACGGAUCAUUUGCAGGUGGUGCUCCAGGAAGGCAUUGACCGGCUGAUUGUCGUCAGCAGCGCAUCCGUGACCAGACCAUAUGCUCCUGUGGGGCUGCUGUUGAACACGUUGACGGCCCAGAUGCAGGAAAUGACAACAUUAGAUCUCAACAAGUUCAUAAUGUGUCAAGCCGCUGUCGCGGACCAGGGCGAGAACCAGGUCAAGGAGCUCUUCCAAGGUAGUUCGUGCGAUUCUUACCUCACGUCGUCGUACACAAUCGUGAGGCCAGGCGGACUAACCAAAGACCCAGCCGACGGCUUCCUGGAAUUGCAGUUCAACCAAGGCGACACGUACGUGGGAAACGUGUCUCGAGCAGAUGUGGCUGCUGUUUGUGCAGUUGCUGCCACAGAUCCCUUGAACAGUGGUGCUGGCAAAACGUUUGAGAUGUUCAAGGCACGGACGCGGCAACCACUGCUGCCUUGGUACCGCGGCAAGACGAGAUACGUUGUCGGAGGCAACCGUGAUUGCGCGGCCAUGCUGGCCAGACUCAGGCCCGACAAGGAAGUGUAUGACGUUCCCGGCAUGCUGCCCAUUUCACUUGCUGACUUCAAGCUAGGAUUGCCUGAGAAGUGA